CAACUGCGACGUUUCUGCCCAAUGACGCAGAGACGUUACCAGUCGGUAGGCGGAAAAGCGGUGUGUUUCUGUAUCUGGAGAUAAAGCCAAACCGGGUGUAAUUUUUAGGGACAUUCAUACAGGGACCAUAUAAAGGUUUAGCUUUGUGCCUGCUGAAAUGGCGGUUCCCACGGGUCAGACAGAUGUACAGAUGGACAGAGGCGGCCUGAGCGGCCAGACAGUUUCCUCUGAGAGCAACAUUGACAUCGACGAGAAAGAGUUGGAAAACAUCACAAAGAAACACCGAGAAGACGAUACGACAACGCUGCCUUUGCACUCACCUUGGACGUUUUGGCUGGACAGGUCAUUACCAGGCACGACGGCUGCAGAAUGUGAAUCCAAUCUGAAGAAGAUCUACACAGUGCAAACUGUUCAGACAUUCUGGAGUGUAUACAACAACAUCCCACCAGUCACAGCUUUGCCUUUGAGAUGUAGCUAUCACUUAAUGCGUGGAGAACGAAGGCCACUUUGGGAAGAAGAAAGCAAUGCAAAAGGAGGAGUUUGGAAGAUGAAAAUACCAAAAGAAAGCACUUCUGCAGUUUGGAAAGAAUUGUUACUCGCUACUAUUGGGGAGCAGUUUGCAGAUUACUGUGCUUCAGAUGAUGAGGUCGUUGGUGUCAGUGUUAGUGUUCGAGAUCGGGAAGAUGUUGUACAAGUGUGGAAUAAAGACGCAUCUCUUGCUAACGAAGCAAAUAUCUUGAGAAAAGUCUAUGAGCUCCUCCCAUACAUAUCUUUUAAAGCAGUUUUUUAUAAGUCUCACAUGGAACAUCAUGCCUUUGAGGGAGGACGUUCAAGACAUUAGAUUGUAACGCACUUUUUUUUCCUUUCUUUUUUUAACCUGAACUCUGUACCUGCCUUGACGUGAAGGCUCUGUCCACAACCUAAUCAAGGAUAUUAUUUUGCAUCCAACAAGGAAAUGUUAUCAAUAUAUUUUUAUAACUUUUAAUGACUGAUGCCUUGUUUCAUUUCAGUGUGGGUCCUAAAGCUCUGAACUCCUAUGAGAAUGUGUAUAUCCAGUGUAAAUCUCACUCAGAGUUCAUUCGUUCAUGUUGAUUUUGACUUCCUCCUAUACUGAACUGCACUGUCAUGGUCCUGUUCUCUGCAUGGGCUAUUGACCUCACAAUUUAUCCCCGGUAUAGCAGCUGCAUAAUGUAGUGUUUUAACUGUUUGAUAUGGUAGAUAUCUCAGUUCAUAUCAUGUUUUUAAGUCAGCUUAUUCAGUGCCAAAGCACUUUUCUGCCAUUUUCAGAAGUUUGUAUCCUUCUGAUAAAAGUGUUUUUAUUCAGCUGGGGUUUUCCACCUCUGAGGAUGAGUGAAUGUCCCAUUUAGUUUUGUGAAUCUUCAACCGUACAUCAAACUUCAGGGUAACACUUUGAGAUAUUGCAAAUGACUACCUAUUCCAAUCAUAGUGUCCCUCAGUUGUAAAGCCAUCAUAGGGUAUCCAAACAUACUCCAGCACAGAUAUGGCCCCAAGAAACUUUAGAUCUGGUUUCUAAGAUGUUUUUUUAAAGGGCAAAAAUCCAUCCUGAAAGGUGCCUCUUUGAAUGUUCCCAGCCACACCACAUUUGACAUUUCUUUCAAUACACGUGUUGAAAGCAGACCCUCUGCUCUCCAAAAUGGAGUCACAGAUUGUUUGGUGUAUUACUCUGAGGAGAUACUGCACAUUUUUGUGCUCAAAUAGUGGUGCUCCUUAGUACUUGUCUACACUUGUUUCCCCUACCAGUAAAUCAAGUGUGCUUAUUGGACUGUGUCCUUACAAACAUUACACACACAGGAAAAUGCAACAUCAUUAUGUUUUGAAAGGAAGUAACACUGGCUCCUGCUACUCUCUUAUUUAGCAUUAUAUGUUGAUGCAAAAUGGCAAAUUUUAUUAUCAAGAAAAAGUCAAAUAUGACAGAUGUGGCAAGGUCCAGUAGUCACUGAGUCAGUUUAGACAGCUUCUUCAAAGUACAUUAUUAAACCAUCAGUUACACUGACAUCACCUAUUUGAUCAUGUUCAUACUGAUUAAUAGCACUGAUUUUAAUAGAGAAACUAGAAGCACAUAUUUUUCUAUAAGAUUCCUUUACGCAGCUGUGACUUCAUCACCCAAUCUGCGUUACCUUCACUAACACAGUUAACACUUUAAUUACACAAUUUCUAUGAUUUGUUUUAUUGCAGUGUAGGCUACAGUAAACUCAAUGCUUCUGGUAUUAUUGUAUGUCACACAACUUUUAUAGUUCAACUUUGAACUGGUUGAUAAGUUAUAAGGGGACAAUAUUUCCUUUGUAAACAUGAUUUUUGCAGUGACAAGGACAAAGUAAAUAAAAUGGAAAUCAAAACAAA